UGAAGCGAAAUGUUUUUACGAAGUUAUUGCUGCGUAGCUGUUAUGGCAGCGUUGCUGUAGAUGUGCUCUGAGAGGACGCUGUCUGAGCGAGUGAAUGCACGUUAGCUAGACACACAGAACUUCACCAUGGUGAAAAUAUUUAUUGGCAACCUUGCCUGCAACACGUCACCGGAGGAGCUGCGCGAACUCUUCGAAAAGUAUGGAAAAGUCUCAGAAUGUGACAUUGUCAAAAACUAUGGUUUUGUACACAUGAACAACAUGUCCGAAGCAGAGGAGGCCAUCCGAAAUCUCCACCAGCACCAGCUGAACGGCUGGCGCAUGAACGUGGAAAUGAGCAAAGGGAGGCCCAAGUCCACCACCAAACUGCACGUCAGCAAUCUGGGUGAAGGGGUCAGCGCUGACGUGCUGCGCGCCAAGUUUGAAGAGUUUGGUACGGUGGUGGAGUGUGACAUAGUCAAGGACUACGCCUUCAUUCACAUGGAGCGAGUGGAGGAUGCCAUGAAUGCCAUCGAUAAGCUGGACAACGUUGCCUACAAAGGCAAGCUGAUGAGCGUACAGCUGUCCACCAGUCGGCUUCGCACCGCCCCGGGAAUGGGAGAUCAUACCGGCUGCUAUGUCUGCGGGAAACAUGGUCACUGGUCGAAAGAUUGUCCAGUCGGUCGGAACGGUAGCCACGGUGACGGCGAAAGAGGUCGGAGCGGCAGGGGCCCCCCACGCGGUCCCCCGGGUUACGGCAGGGGCAGCUACGGGAUGGCCCCACCUCCAGAUGCUGAUUACAUGGGUGGCUCUGCGUAUAGUCAGGCUAGUUAUGGGCUGCCGCCUCCCCCUCGUAGGCCCGCUGGCUACAGCUAUGAGCUGGGGGAUCGGUACGCCAGCAGAGCACCCGCCGGCUACGCCGACAGGUCAUCAGCUUAUGAUCGUGACCGUGCCUAUAGCAGUGUUGACUUCUAUGAGAAGUACAGACCUCGCUCUUAUGGCUCAAGUUAUUUCGAAGAACGUCGCAUGUCCUAUCUCCCCCCUCCUCCUCCUCCCCCAUCCUCCCUUUCAAAAAUUGCCUCCAGUGUAGAUCCAUAUGAGUGUCGGCCUCCAUCCUCAUCGACCGCCGCAGCUGCCGCAUACUAUGCACGUGACCGCAGCCCGAUCAGACGAGUACCAACGUCCUCGGCCGGCUACACCUAUGAGCGAACACGGCUGUCACCGGUGUCAGGCUCCAGGAGCUCCUACUCAGUCCCACGACCCAAGGAUCAUUACGCUCCGCGCUAUGCGCCUUACUAAAGCCAUGGUGCCAAGGUGAGCAACAUAGUCAACAUCAGUGACAGUUAAAGGGUAACUUUGGCAUCUUUAAACCUUGAACUUUUUUCCCAAUGUUUUUGUGAACUGAUGUGGACUUUUUUUUCUUUUUUUUUAUCUUUCCAGUAUUGAGAGAGAGGGUUGCAGCAUGCAGCCACAUAAUGUAACCAUACAGGGCAACUGAGCACAAUCACUGCACAUCAGUGUAUAAAUGGUUAUUUUUUUGACAGAGACGGGCCCCGAUUAUUAGAAUGAGAAGGCCAGAUCAAAUGAAAGGUAAUGAGACACCUUUAAUAUCAAUCUGAGCUAAUGCUGGGCGAUAUACUGGUUCAUCUGGUAAAUCUGUGAUACGUUUUUACGAUAUUAAUAUGUCAGAUACCUUUAUACCUGCGCUCAGUUGAAAAACUCUGCGACUCUUCAACAGAGUCAUCACAGGGAAAAUACCAGACACAAAAUAUAGGUCAUAGCGCUCAGCAGUAAUGUGAGCCUGUCUGUGGCAAAAAUAACAACCUUCAAAGGACGUACAGCGGCGGUGCACAGUUGCCCCAUUUGUUUACAUUACAGGCACUGCACGGCUGCUGGCUGCAUGCUGCAGCUCUCUUUCUCAAUACUGGACUCAUUUAAAAAAAAUGUUCACAUCAGUCACUUAGACACAAAAACAUGGGAGAAUAGGAUCCAGGUUGAAAAAUGUUCAAGUUACACUUUAACGUAAUGUCUGCACAGUGGGACAUUUUCCUGUAAGUCGUUACAGUGGGCACUGGGAUCCCGAAACCCUUUUAACUCUUAAAAGGUACUGAACCGCUACAAGCUGUGCUGCGGAUAAUGGGGGUAUAAACUCGGUCUCUGAAAAGGGAAUUUGCUCUCUUUCUAGGUCUGUUUGUGAACGGCAGGACUUUUCCUUUUCCAUCAGUCUGCGCGAUGUGCGCCGAAGCAGAGCAUAUACGCGGAAAAUUAAGAUCGGAAAUCGCGUCUGCACCUUCUAGGCACCUGAGACGCCAGUUGCCUGCAGACUAAUCGUCUUUUCAGUUGCAUCCACUUAAUCUGUUUUCAAAAAGGAUGAUUAGCAAACUGCACUGUUUGACAUGUACGGUGUAUAAAACAAUAACUUGCUUACUUGCUCUGCUGGUUUUCAGCUCAGUUUUUAGCCAUGUCUUCUUUUUUACCUGUGUUCCUCGCUCACAUGAAGCACAUCGUUAAAUUCAGCAAAUGUUAUUUGUUUGGUUUCCAUUUGUCGUUUAAAAUAAGUGUUGCUGUUUCUUGAAGAUAUGAAAUUGCACCUAUCUUUUUUCAGUGGAAUGAGGGUUAACCCAUGCUCGUAGUACACAGGAAUCUUAUCUUACUUCUCGACACACGUCUGGUAUGACCUCAGUCAGUUAUAUGGAUGUGGAUAAAGAUGCAUGUUUUUUCAGAAAUGAUCCUCAUUUUUGUCCAUCAGUGUGCUGUGACAGUCUGCGACUCUUCAGGUUUGUUUUGUUAUAGCUGGUUGGUUUUUAUGCUUACAGGGGUGAAACACCCAGUAAGCAGCGAAAAAAAACUACACUCUUUGCCCAAUGUAGCAAAUUUGUGUUCCAAUUCACAUUGAAGAAAACAAAAGAGAAAUUGAUCCAUAUUAAGGCAGGGCAAUAUGGAGAAAAUUAUAUAUCAAUAUAUUGGACUAGACCUCAAUAUCGACAUAGCGAUAAUAUUGCAGGGUUGACUAAUGGUGCUUUUAUGAAAUGUCUACACAAUGAGAUUUUUGACAAAUUUUCAGUAAUCUGACAAAGGCAAAUACAAUAACAUAAAUCUGGUAAAUUACACCUCUUUACUGUAAUGCAGCCUUUAAAACUGGGGAAAUGCAGCACUUAUAAUAUAUCCAAAAUGAAAGACGGUAUCAAGAUAUUGAUAUUAGAGAUGUAUUCCAUUUUUAACUUCGCAGAGAGAAGAUUCUCAGAUUCUGAUUCCUGUACUUCUGAAUUGGCCAAUAAUGAGUUCCUAUCCAAUACCAUUGCGUAAAAACAAAAAUGUACGACCUAUACUAUUAACCCUUUUGACUGUCAAUUGAUUGCUAUCAAUGAAGUAAGGCAUGGCGACACGUUAAAUCCCUUAUAAACGCUGUAGAACUGUUAUCUAAUUUGACAUGUUGCUAACGUUACACUUUUUUUGGGCGCUUUAAAUCGGUAGUUCUGAGUGGUUGCAGGCUAAACUUGCUGUGUGCGGUACUUUUGGAGAAGAAGAAUUCAUAUCUGGGAAAACUGUAGUUUUAUUUGGGUGUUAAACUACUUGAAAGUUGAAUUUUAAUUUAUCACACUGCCCUAAUCCAUAUCCAUGAAACUGACCUGGCUGACACAGAAUCCCAAUUGAGUAUUAGUAUCUAUGGUUAGACAAAUAAUCUCAGACAUUCCAGUCUCAUUUUUUUUUCUAAUUAGUGUCUACAGAAUAUCAAAGUGAUACAUUUUAUACUUUUCAUUGAGGUGUCUGCUUGUCGAAAUUGUUUUUAAAUGAAAGUGGAAACAGACAACAUUGCUCUCUUGCGUUUUCAAGUGUUAUUCUUGAGGUAGCUUUUUGCAGAGACAACCAGAUUGCUUUCCCUUUUCAUUAGAGCCCUCGCAACUACCAGUUACUUUGUUUUUCCACCAUCAAAUAACUUAUAUUAAUACUCUUUAGUAACAAAACAAAAGCGCUAUCUGCUUCCUGAUUUGGUUGCACACUUCCUUUGAGCUGUAAAUGGAGCCUUCAUUUUCCUAAAUCAUACCUGGCAGACAGAAUUGCACAGCAGAAGAGAGACUAAAAAGAAACCAGUCUUAACAUCAGUGAUUUUAUUAUUCUAUAGCUAUUCCAUUGCAUGAUCCAUAUUAACUUCAUAAAGGUAAGUUUAAGCACAAAACUUGUCUAUUUCCACUUUGUGUGCCGUUGAGUGACACCUUAAGAUUGUAAGCUGACUUGUGAUGUGCAACUAAGUAAUAUCUUAAAUGUUUUUUUUCCAUUGGUAAUGUUGCACAUAUUACAAAACAGCUGCCAAUAGAUACUACCCUUUCAUCUUUAAAAUUGUUGGUUCUGUUGGAUCUUUAUUGUAUUCAUAUAACAGCAUAAGCAGCAGAUUUGUACGUGUGAGGCAGGACUCAGGGCUUGGGCUGUGUAAGUCAUGAGGCACUUGUGUUUUCUUGAAGGUGCCUUUGUUUUGUUUUGCAUUUACGUGGAUCUGAAGUUUGUAUUUUUCAUACUAGCUGUAAAAAUACCAGCAUACAUUGAAAAUUUAUGGUGGAUAUGAUUUUUAAUAAAGCCAAAUAUGAAUUUGGUGACACUUUUCUUCA